AUGGGACUCUCGGAGCCACGGCGAAAGCAACGGCUUGUCGGAGCGGCCGCGCAUCGCAAUGCAGCGUGGACCAACGACAUGUCGUUGCCAGGACAGCGCAUGAUGUCGAUGAUGGGGUGGGCGCCUGGUGAGGGGCUAGGGACGACGAACAAGGGUCUAUCGACCAAUCUGACCGUUUCCAUGAAACUCGAUAAUAAAGGCAUAGGUGCGCACCGUCAUGAGCGUGAAGCACGCGAGCAAGGCAGAUCUGAUGCAUGGGUUGGUGCCGGUGGCGAUCUGGGUUCGUUAUUUGACCGGCUCAACCAGGCCAACGAACAGGCUACACCGUCACCGCCGCCUGAGCCACGGCCCUCGUCGUCACGUCUGGCGCACCGCGCCAAAUUUCGGCGCGCCAAGCAGCUGCACGGUCAAAGUGCUGCGAAUUUAAAUGAGAUUUUUGGUAUUAGUGCCUCGGCACAAGCCUCUACGGAAAGCCAGCCAGGGAAGGACAAGCAAGACGACAAGGAGAAGGAAGACAAAGCCAAGCGGAAGGAAGAAAAGGCGAAGCGGAAAGAAGACAAGGCGAAGCGGAAAGAAGACAAGGCACAGCGGAAAGAAGACAAGGCUAAGCGAAAAAAAGACAAGGCCCGAAGCAAAGACCCAUCCUCCAAGAAGCGCAAGCGCGACGAGGAAGACGAGUCACCACCCUUGGUCAUACGAACGAAUGAGCAGUACGUGUUUCAGUACCUGUCGAACAAACUUCUACGCAAAAAAGCCGAGGUCGCGCGCCGAAAGCGCGAGCAGGGCAUCUGGUGGAGUGGUGCCGCCUAG